CUGGCAGCGAAGCGGGGAGGAGGAGGGGAGGCGGGAGAGCUGGUGGGACAGACUGAGGUGGGUGGAGGGGGCGGGUGUUGUGCGUUUUCCUCCGCGAGCGCCGCCGAGCAGUUGCAAAUUUCCCCUCAGCAGCGUGGCCAGCCCAGGAGCACCUCAGCCUUUCCCAGGCAGCGGCAGCGGCCAGGGAGAAGACCAGACGUCCCUGCCUAUCACGAGCCUUUCCCUCUCAGCCCCGGUUGCCGCCUCCGCCGCGGACGCCUGCCUCGCCGCGGGCCCCCUCUGCCCAGUUUGACGGCGCAACAGGACGAAGAGGGACGCAGCCCGAAGGUUCAGCGGCGAGCCCGGCACCGACCUCUUCCCUCUCCCAACAGCACAGGCAGAGUCCUGGGCUGGAAAGAGUCAUGACAGCUGAAAAGACUAUUCCUAUAAUUAAUGGCAAGCCAGAGGAUGCUCUGGACCCCGAAGCCUCAAGUACCAACUUGGUCCACAGUAACGAUAAGAAAGUGCAUGAAAGAGGCCACUGGAACAAUAAGGUUGAAUUUGUGCUUUCUGUGGCUGGGGAGAUUAUUGGGCUGGGAAACGUGUGGCGAUUCCCGUAUCUCUGCUACAAAAAUGGAGGAGGUGCUUUUCUCAUACCCUAUGUGAUUUUCUUUAUUUGCUGUGGAAUACCAGUGUUUUUCCUGGAAACUGCCUUGGGACAGUUUACUAGCGAAGGAGGCAUUACAUGUUGGAGGAAAGUUUGUCCACUAUUUGAAGGUAUCGGAUAUGCUACCCAGGUUAUUGAGGCACAUUUGAAUGUUUACUACAUCAUCAUUUUAGCAUGGGCCAUCUUCUAUUUGUUUAACUGCUUUACAACGGAGCUCCCCUGGGCAACCUGUGGGCAUGAAUGGAAUACAGAACACUGUGUAGAAUUUCAAAAAAUUAAUAUGAGCAACUGUUCCCAAGAAUAUUUGCAGAAUGCUACUUCUCCAGUCAUGGAAUUUUGGGAACGCAGGGUGUUGGGCAUAUCUGAUGGAAUUGAACACAUUGGGGAUCUUCGCUGGGAGCUGGCACUAUGUCUUUUGGCAGCCUGGACUAUUUGCUAUUUUUGCAUAUGGAAAGGAACCAAGUCAACUGGCAAGGUUGUAUAUGUAACAGCUACGUUCCCUUACAUCAUGCUCUUGGUACUGCUGGUUCGAGGAGUAACACUACCUGGGGCAUCUGAAGGGAUAAAAUUCUACUUGUACCCUGACCUAUCGCGACUUUCUGACCCACAGGUCUGGGUGGAUGCUGGAACACAAAUAUUUUUCUCUUAUGCCAUCUGCCUGGGGUGCUUGACAGCCUUAGGGAGCUACAACAACUACAAUAACAACUGCUACAGAGACUGCAUUAUGCUCUGUUGCUUGAACAGUGGGACAAGCUUUGUGGCUGGCUUUGCCAUCUUUUCUGUCCUUGGCUUUAUGGCAUAUGAGCAGGGAGUGCCCAUAGCAGAAGUUGCAGAAUCAGGACCUGGGCUUGCUUUCAUUGCUUACCCAAAAGCUGUAACAAUGAUGCCUCUUUCUCCGUUAUGGGCAACUUUGUUUUUCAUGAUGCUGAUAUUCCUUGGUUUAGAUAGUCAGUUUGUGUGUGUUGAAAGUCUCGUGACAGCCGUGGUAGAUAUGUACCCAAAGGUUUUCCGGAGGGGAUACAGACGAGAGCUGUUGAUUCUCGCUCUUUCGAUUGUAUCAUUCUUCCUUGGACUAAUCAUGUUAACGGAGGGUGGAAUGUAUGUUUUCCAGUUGUUUGAUUCCUACGCAGCCAGUGGAAUGUGCCUUCUUUUUGUUGCUAUAUUUGAAUGUGUCUGCAUUGGCUGGUUUUACGGAAGCAAUCGUUUUUAUGACAACAUUGAAGAUAUGAUUGGGUACAGACCACUGGCAUUAUUUAAAUGGUGUUGGAUGUUACUCACUCCUGGCAUUUGCGCUGGAAUCUUCAUCUUUUUCCUGGUGAAAUACAAGCCUUUGAAAUACAACAACGUUUAUAUAUACCCAGACUGGGGUUAUGGCAUUGGGUGGAUGAUGGCUCUCUCCUCCAUGGUUUGCAUUCCUUUGUGGAUCUGUAUUAAAUUGUGGAAGACAGAAGGAACUAUCUUAGAGAGAUUUAGAAAGUUGAUCGUGGCCAGCCCAGACCUGAAGAUGAGAGGAAAAUGUGGAGCAGGUGCAUAUGCUGCUACAGUAAAUGACUGCGAUGCCAAACUGAAAGGUGAUGGCAACAUUUCAGCCAUCACAGAAAAAGAGACGCACUUCUGAAAGAACUUUCUUCUGUUGUUGUUGUUGUUUUUUGUAUAAAUAAAUAAGUAAAUAAAUAAAUUAAAUACUUCACUUAAUUAUAGAGGCCAGCUUGUUUUGCACAACUUUAUUAACAAGUUAAUUUUAAAGUGAACUUGUAUACUUGUUUAAAAGUGAUUUUUUUAAUUAUUAUAUAAGUAACGAUUAUAUAUAAAUAUAAAUAUAUAUAUAUAUAAAAUGAAAUAGAAUUGUUAGUGAUGCCUUGUAAUAUGGUGAUUUCAGUAAGUGUUUUAUAGAUCCUAGAAGGACCUGUAUAAUGUGUUGUAAAACUUUUAUACUUUUGGUUUUUUUAAAAAAAGAAAAAAGGUAUGGUGUUGUAUAGCUAUACACAUUCUAAUUUGUGAGCAUCUCAGACCAUUUCAGCUUCUACUGUAUGUAUAUAAAGGGGAUUACAAUGUCCUCCUAUUAAUAUCUAAGGGAAUUGUCUUUGGAUGUGUAGCUCUGUUUCUGAAUUUGGGCCCAGUCCAGUGAAUGAGUUUGCCAAAUGUCACUAGACUCAAACCCCGGCAGUCCUUCCAUCAGGGUGGGCAACCUUUUUAAAGUUGAGGCCCUUAUUUCCUUGGAAGAAGGUGAAUGGGAACUGCAUACUGGCAAUGGGCAAAGCCAACAUCAAAAGUGGGCAGGUAGACCCUUUUUCUUUCAUUCACACAGAUACACAAGCAUGUACCUGACUCAUCCUCAAUUCAUUCUCAUUCUCUGUUUUUCACACACACAACCCUCUGGCUCAGUUCCCACUACUUACCUUCAUCUGCCAGUGUACCCCACUCCUCCACCACUGCCCCCAAUAUCUUCAUGUUCUCUAUGCCUUGUGAUUUCCCCAGUUCUAUUGUGCCACAAGCUGCCACUGCAACUGUCAGCUGUCAGAAACAUGCAUGAACCAGCAAGUUUGUGGUGGCCAAUGUGGUUCUGUGGUGGCCAAUGUGGUUCUGAAAGGCUCUUGGCCACUCUUGUAGAUGUUCUGUGGAUGUCCAGACGUAGUGGAUCAUGUCUUUGACUUGUAAAGCAGGGAAGGCAACACCUCCUAAUUUUGGAGCAAAAUGGGAAAACUACAUCUCAAUAUCCUGCUUCCCCUGACCUGCUAACGACAUUUGUAGAAGUUAUUUUUUACUGAGCUCACUUUAAAAAUUAUUUUUAUAUAUAAAAGAGCUAUUAAUAUAGCUGUGACCUUAAUAGAGUUUGAAUUCACAGGUGCUGUAUCACAGGAUUUAAAAAAAACUUCCACAUUUUAUCUCUCUUUGCUUGACCCCAGUGACUGCAUAAAAUGUCUCACCAUUUGGAUAUUUACAUGUCUUCACAGCGAAAUGUGUAUGAAUUUGUGCAUGAUAUUCUGCAUGUGACGUUGAAAGUGAGGUAAUUGGACAGCAGGAGAUGAUGGAGUCAGGCUUUGGUAUCCAUAAGGACUUUUUAAAAGCUACUGAAAGUAAGCAGAUGUUCUUAAAAACACUGAUGAAUGUGAUAGGGACAAUACAAAACAUUUAUAUGACAUUUUAAUAUAUCACUGUACUCCUUGUUGUUAUAUCUAUAAUAGCUGCCACCUGGGCCCACUAUUCAUACUUACUAAAAAUAGAUUAGAAUCUCAAAUCCAUCCAUAAGCAUGCAUGCCUUAAACGCUUUAUGGAAAAAUGCACCCAGCUACCAGUCAAUCAGCAUGAUUGUGGGUCUAACAGGGCAAGUAGAUUAAAACCAUUUUUUAUGAUAAGUAAGCUAUAUUGACACAUUCCGAGUACUCCUGGACAGGUAUCCAUGAUAACAUAAAUCUUCCACCAUAGGCAGAAUGCCUUUGUCUUAAGUAUUUCUGAAACUGAUACACAUUUCAGCAUAGAAUACGUAUCUAGCCUGUUUUACAAAUGGGAAAUAUAGGUAAUGUGAUUUUAACUUGCACCUGAAUACAAAUAAAAUGGACUUAGAAUUCAGGAGUGAAUGUUGUACAAAGUUGAGAGUCAUCAAUUAUGUUGUUUAAUGGACUGGCCAAUCCAUAGGGUCUCUCAGCUAGGCUACUAGACUCAAAGUAGCUUUUUGCAGUGAAUUUACUUCAAUAUUUAUGGCACAUUCCACCAUGCAUAUCUGUAUACUGUAUAGCUAAAGCACCAGUUUUCAUACUAUUUCUGGUAACAACCUUAAAAUAGCAUGCCACUAUAAAGAACAACCAUAAUGUGUAUUACUUUACGAGGAACAAGUUCUUCAGAAGUGCAUAAUGGGGAGCAACACAGAGACCAAAACCCAUCUACUUUUAGGCUAUAAUCCUAUAUAUAUUUUCCUGAGAGUAAGUUUCAUUGACCUCAGUGGUCCAUAUUCAAAGAUGCUGUAUGUCAUCCAUCUCACCUGUCAACCUUAUUGAACUAAUUAUAACUAGUGGUUCAAAUAACCCCUUAACUGCACCUUUGCAGUUUCAUUUCUUCCUUCCAUAGGUGUUAUAGGUUCAGAAAGAAAUGAGAAAGAAAACCAUAUACUUUAUUUGCUCUUCUUGAAUCUCCUGACCAUAAUAAUUAGUAACAAAAUAUUAUUAUUGGUAUUUUUUAUUAUUUACACAUUUUGGUUGGACAACUAUCCACUGCUUAAAUCAAUGAACUGACCUUUUCAAGUUCUAGAAUUAAUGAGUCAAAAGAAAAUCAAGCUGUUAAUUUGGAAGGUGACUAUUCUUCAUUUCUGAACUUAUUUUAUUCACUCGAUUAAAAAAUCGUUUUGCUGCUGCACUGCAACCUAACCUGGCCUCGUUGUUUAGCUCUCUCCAGACAAACCAUGAGAUGUAACCAAUGUUUGACCUAUUGUUUGCAGUGUGUGGUUUGUCUGGAAGAGGUAAAACAUGAACCUGGAUUUAAACAUGCUAAACCAAACCACGGCUUAGUUCAGUGCAGCAGCAAAACAACCAAAGAGGAGCAAAGUGAUUGUGGUCUCUUCUCCGGGAGUCCACACAUUUGCUCAAAUGCUCUGCAAACACAGGGAUGGUCUUCAAGUGAAUCUUGGAGAAAUAUAUCUCUGCAAUUUGUAAGUAUUGGAUGCCUACAAUAAAUAUUUUUAAGUGAUCAUCUUCACCGGAACUGUUCACAUAUAAGAAUUUCCCAAAGUUUGCAAUGAUAUGUUUCAAUUCUUGUGUUUAUUACUGCCACAUCAGCCAGCCAUAGUCCAAAUAAUUUGAGGUAGUCCCAACACUCAUUUAAAUUAAAGCAUCUUUCGGCCAAAACCCUAUAUAGAGGUAACUCCCACUUCCAAAUAGGUGUGGAUGGGAGAAGAUGGUUCAUGGAUAUGGAAUGUUACAUGUGGAAUGUUUUCAUCCAACCAUCCCAACAGGUACGAUUUAUGGAAUAUGAUUCCUACUCUGCUGCUAUGAACUACUUCACUAAUAGCUUUAUACACAUACAUGUGGUUUGGCAUGGUCUAAAGCAGUGUUUCUAAUUCGCUGUGCUUGUAAAUGUGCACAUUUAAAACUUGACCCAUUUAACACUU